AUGACAGAAAUAGCUCUGGCACCGUUUGCCAUUCUAUCAACUCCCCAAGAGCUCAGAAGUGCCAGCAUAGCACGAACAAAGCUUCUCCAGGCCACCAUUCCAAUCCGCUCAAGUCAACCCUUCAGCUGCGUUUGCGACGUUAACAUCGCUGCCGGUGGCAGACUCUACAUCAACGCCAUUGCGGUGCUUCCGAGAGAUUAUCAUCGGGAAAACUUGCAAACUCGGGCCGAACUCAUGCAUCGUCACUGCAGACCAAACGCUGGAUACAAAGGCCAAGGCGAUGGCGCGGACCUCUUCCACAGCGUGAUUGUCGGCGACAUCUGCUGGAUAGCUGCGAAUGCAACCACUUUAUCAGGAGUGGCUCCGGACGACCACAGUCUUUGA